CUCAUCAGACGUUGUCUAAGGGCGGCGUGGUUGUAGAAACGUGUCUUGUUGAGUAGUUGUCUGGAAUAUGGCAUCAACAGCCAAAUUAGAAAACACUAAAAAGGCAGCAUUUCCUGCCCACUAUACUUAUAAAAACAAAGGACAACAUACUUCCACGGCUACCAUGAAGACGAAACGCAAAUGGAUACCACCAGAUAAGGCGUUUGCUGGCAGCUUAAAAGAAGGACAGGGCUUUGCGUUCCAUAGAAAACAGAAGGUUCAGUAUGAGUACAAGAAGCUGCUCCGUAAGGAAAGGAGAGCAAAACCCCAACCAGAGGUACAGUACGCAGACAGUUACCCGGAGCAUCUGAAGCACUUGUACCUGGCAGAGGAAGAAAAGAUAAAGAAUGAGGAGCAGCAGAAGAAGAAAGAAAGGAGAGCGAGAGAUGUGAACCCCUUGCCGGAAGGGGCAGCUACUGCUGCACCUACAACUACUAUGGCUACUUCUGAUCCUUUUGAGACCAAAAGACCUGAUAAAAAAGAACAGAAAUUCAAGAAGACUUCAUACCAAAAGACGAAAGAGGAGUAUGAACGGAUCCAGACCAAGCGUGCUCUAAAGAGAAGGGAGGCAGAGAAGAACAAACAACAAAGACAGGAGGCUUUGAGGAUAUACAAGCAAAAGAAAAUGGAAACUUAUCAAAUAUUGAGCAAGAAGACUAAAAAGGGACAGCCAAACCUGAAUGUACAAAUGGAAUACCUGCUUCAGAAAAUUCAAGACAAUCAAUCCAAGGGAAGCGAGUAACUUGGCAAAUGGCUUCCAGCAUAAGAAGUGGCGGUGUAUUGUUCACGGUUUUUUAGUAGUCGUACAUCGCAAGGAUUUCCAAAUGUGCCACGUUCCCGUCUGGUUCCAAAUAAACAUGGUUGUAAAUAUGGGGGUGGGGGCACAGUUUCCCCAAAUUUAUCACAUUAGGUUUUCUGACACAGAUUGGGAGAAUUUAUGCAGCAAGCCAUUUUUAACCAGCAAUUCUGUUAAAAUAUGGUAUCUGAAUAAGGGCGAUAAUCUUGUACUUGAUCGGGCAUUGUUGAAAAUUAAACUAAUGUUGCUGCAUCUUAACUAUACUUGGUGUGUAUGUUGCGGGGAUUCAAACUUUGUUUUUCUGUACACUGAAGACCAGGAAAUGUGUAUUGUAAACAGAAAGAGAAAAAAUUAUACACGCACUGUUUUGUAAGAUGACAUCUAUUUUACUCUUACUCAUGUACUUUUGUUGAUUUUGAACAAUUUCAUAGUAUUGGUGAAUAUGGCUGGAAAUGGAGUACUGCGGAAAUGCUUUAUUGCUGUGCAAUUCCUGAAUGCAGUAGUUUGAUUCGUUGUUCAUGUCAUCAUCACGCAAAUCAGACGUGUGUUUAUUUUAAAUUUAUUUUUUAUUUCUUUAUUCUAUGUAAAUAAAUAAUCUGCAUUUA